UCUUCUCUUACUUCUGACAUCAUUUCCUGAGUGCUAUAUUCACUGAGCGCUGUAGCCAGAUCGUCUUCUCAGCAUAUGGUGCAAGGAGCUCUUUAAUAUGGAUUUCAGCUCUCCUUUUACUCUGCAGUGCUUGCUGGUGAUAAUAACUGUUACUCAUGGCUCUGUCACCUGGACCAGUGUGCUCAGUGGCAGCUCAGCAGCCUUCUCUGUGGGAAUUCAGAGCCUGCAGAACCUCUCCAGUAUGAGCAAGAGGGACAUGAGAUGCUUGACAAGUGUCUUGAGUGAUACCUUGUUGGCCAAGUGUGGCACUUCUGCCCCCAGAUGCCUGAACUUCCGGAAUGGCUCUCUAGUGCUGAAGACUGUGGAGAAAGAGGACGAAGGAAAAUAUGAGUUUGUUUUUCACAACACCACCAGAGUUUUUACACUGCAAGUAUUUGAGCCAGCCAUCGGUAUCCAGUGCUUUCCUAAUGGGACUGGAGAAUUAUCUUGCAACGUGAACAGCAACGAGAGCACCAGCUUUCAGUGGCUGCUGAAUGGCACCAUGAUGAGUGCCCCUGAGGCUUGUGUUAAGGAUGGUGGGAAGAAGGUUCGCCUGGACAAAACCAUUCCCGGGGAGUUUGUAUGUGAGGUUUACCAUGGGAACAGUGUCACCAGGACCAGGCCUGUUUUGCUCUCUUGUAGCUAUGGAGACCUGCUGCAGUAUCCGUGGUUCAUCUACAUCCUUGCAGGGUGUGCAGGGGGUGGAGUUAUCCUGAUAGCGCUUGUGUCCUCAGUCAUAUGUUGCUGCAUGAAAAGGAAACACAAGUUCAUCCCAGUGCCUUCAGAGGAGGAGAAGGAUGACAGACUAACAAUGUCCAUGAUCUCCCGUGAAAGUGUGAAGAGCCCCCGCAGUGGAGACCAUGUUGAGGCUCAAGCUGCCCAAAUUGACUGUCCUCCAAAGCCUGAUGCUGCCCAGACUGAUCAAGAUGUUGAGCCUCAGCCACUUGUGGAAGAAAACUUGUCAGUGGAGGUGGAGUCUGAGGAAAUGCCAGACCCAGAGGUCAUAGUUAAUGUGGAAAGCCAGCAAAAUCCCUCAGACUGUUUCCCGGAUCCAACUGAUGACUGAUCUGGCAUGCUUGCUGUUCUACCCUGCCUUGAAGCCUACAACACCUGUCCUUUGCAUCCCAUAGUCCCACUAUGUGUAAGAGUUAGUCUAGGAAAUUUCAGCAGGGGAAAGGCAUGAGGUGUCAGGCCUGCUAAUUUCAUUAAAAAAAAAAUGUAUACAAGGAAAAGCAGAUUCUUGGCUUGAAGGCCACACUGCUGUGGGCUGACAGGUUCUCUAACAAACAAAACUGGGCAGCUUGUUGAUGCUUUGCCUCUUAAUAGACCUGCAGCUAAACUGUGGUGCCCCAGAGGACAGCCUGAAAUGAGAUAGGCAGCUCCUCUGCUUCCUGCCACCUUAUGCCUUGCUGUAUCUCUCACAGCUCCUGCAAGCAGCAGGCAUGGCAGGCAGGUUGGGAUGGCCUUCCAGUCCCAGACAGAAACAAGAACUUGACAGAGAUUUCCUGAGAAAGCCCCUCCUUCAGAGAUUUCAAGGCAUUUUUCACAGGCCCUCAGAAAAAAGCUCAAUGGAGGUCUCAGUUAGGUAUCUGCUGUGCUUGGUGUCUAUCUGAAUCACUCCUCUGAGCUCCAGCCCCUUUGUGAUUUGGUCACUACCUGCUGUUUGGGACAAGGAGUGGUGGUGGUGGCAGGGACUGCUGUGUGCAGACCCUAGGAAGUGAUGUUGGCUUGCCUGCCUUUUGAUGCCCUGUAAUGUCUUUCACCAGAACCUCACUGCUCAGGAGUUAAAACAGCUCCAUCACUAGCUUGCUUGCUUGCAGCGGGAGGGGGCAUGGGGUGUGUAAUUUUGUCAGAAAUGUUGAUUAUAAUGCUGAGAUCGUUCAUCAGUGCAAGCAUUAGUGCCUUUUGUGUAAUGGUUUAGCUACUGCAAGCUCAUAAAGCAGGCCAUCUGCCUGUACAUGUAGGCUUUUUCAGUGAUGUGUUACUUGGACAGGCAGGAGCCAUUCGCAGACUCUCUUAGGCAAGUCUUACUGCUACGCACAUCCUGUUCUGCUCAGGAGAGGUUUGCAAGUAGAGCAGCUGGGGUAGACUUGCAGGGAAGAAGGAUGAGGUAAGGAGAGGGCAAAGACUCGAUCCCAGGCAGCAGGUAACAGUCCCUGGCAAGCUGCCUGGGGCUUCAGGGUUCUUGAGGCACAAGAAGUACUGCAGAUGUGCUGCCAGAGCAAGGUAUUUACUGUAUGAGUGCAUUUUGGUAGCUGGAAGUGAGCCAUGUUGGU